UGUUGUUGUAAAAUGCCCUGCCGAUUAUUCCCCAUGGGCCCUUGAGCUUCCUUCCUACAUAUCAGAGCAUCUGGACCCAACAUGGCAACUACCAUACAAGUCGACUCGACGAAUAUUCUCCACAAUUUCCACCUUACACCUCAACAUCGCACCAUCAGUCUCUGCUGAUCCGACACUACACAGGACGGAACAAAAUCGAACUGCUGUUAUCAUGGAACCCGACAUAACAAUUCCUGAGGCGCUGCCUCUCGACCAACGAGGAGAAAAAAACGUGAAAUCGUCCACUCCCGGCGGAGAAAACAUGUUCAAGCCUUGGGAAACUGGCAGCGAUGACGUGGGCGCGCUCUCCGACAUUGAAUACAAGACCUGCGAGUGGUGGCAUACCGGAAUCAUCAUGAUCGCGGAAAUAAUAUCCUUGGGGGUUCUCGCUCUUCCUCAAGCCCUCGCCUCAAUCGGUCUCCUACCCGGUAUUCUGCUCAUCGUAGGCCUCGGUCUCAUCACCACAUACACUGGUUAUUUGAUUGGCCAGUUCAAGAUCGCGUACCCAGCUAUGCAGUCUUUCGCUGACUGCGGCGAAUUGAUCGCUGGACGUGUCGGGCGGGAGGUCAUGGCCUUUUGCCAGGUCCUGAUAUUGCUGUUCAUCAUGGCUGCGCACGUUUUGAGCUUUGGCAUUGCCAUGAAUGUCAUGACCGAACAUAGCCAGUGUACUGUUGUGUUCACAACAAUUGGCAUGGUCGUCUCGUUUCUUCUGUGCUUGCCGCGCACGCUCAAAAACGUGAGCUACGUUUCGAUACUAUCAUGCAUCUCCAUCCUCGUAGCCGUGAUAGUAUCCAUGGUAGCCAUCGCGAUCCGAAAGCAAGACAUGGGCAAUGUAGUCGCAGUACAGCCCAAUGUUCCCCUUCUCAAGGGUAUAGGACCAGUUAUGAACAUUGUCUUAGCCUACGCCGGCCAUGUAACGUUCUUCACCCUGACCUCCGAGCUCCGUGAUCCGCGCGAAUUCACCAAGUCCCUCGUUUUCAUGAACUCCUUCGCCAUCUGCUUCUACCUCGUCAUGUCCGUCACCAUCUACUACUAUGCAGGACCCAAUGUAGCCUCUCCUGCACUCGGCUCCGCGCCGCCCCUCGUUGCAAAGAUCGCGUACGGCAUCGCGUUACCCACCAUCGUGGUCGCAGGUGUCAUCAACGGAUCUGUCGCGUGCAAAUAUGUAUACUUUCGCUUGUGGGCCGGCACGGACGUCGUGUAUAGGAACAGCGCGAAGAGCUUGGGGAGCUGGGUCGCAAUUUGCGCUGGAGCAUGGGUAUGUGCGUGGGCGGUUGCGGAGGCGAUUCCCAAUUUCAAUUUGCUGCUCGGGCUUAUUGCUGCGUUGUUUGGGUCAUGGUAUAGUUAUACGUUGCCUCCGGUCCUCUUUCUCUAUCAAUAUCGCGGUCACUUGUUCGACACCAAGACAAGGAGCGCUUUCACGAUAUUGAACAUUUCUAUUUCCCUGCUCGGGCUUGUUAUUUGCAUCAUGGGCAUGUGGUCAUCUAGCGUAGAGCUUUCGCGUGGAUCGGGUGGGCGACCGUUUUCAUGCGCGGCAUGAUAAAUCGUGAUUUCACUUGAGAGGAGAGAAGAGAAAAACCCAAGCCGAAGUGAGGGCGAUUGAAGCCGGCAACGGAACGUCGGAAGCAGUGAUGAAGACGUGCUAUGAUGUGAU